AUUAGUGAAAAACUCGUGAAACUUACGUGUUUUCAUUUGUUUAUUAUAGUAAAGUGAUUAAUUAGUCUUUCCUCGGUUUUCUAGUGAAAAUCCAGCAGAUUUUCGAUGUUCCGAUGAAGAGCUAUGAUCGUUUGAAAAAUUUACAACCAGGUCGGGCAAGACGGACACACUAAGGUAGGGAAAGAUGGACACACGGAUUUUCAAAGAAUUUUCACAUGUAGCAUCUGUUGUGUACUACAGAUAUUCACAAAGUACACCCGCGAGAGAAACCAGCAGACAUUAAUCACUUAGCAGUUAGAACAGGCCAUAUAGGCGGAGAAUUUUCGCCUUCAUCGAAACCCAUCCUCUUAAACUGUUCACGUGAUGUAUAGAUGGACUCUAAUAACGUAGAGUAAUGUAUGGCCAUCACUUAACACAUAAAUCAAAAGAAUACUUAACGUACUACAUCUUUUUUGUGAGUGUCCACCUUUACCUUCGUAGUGUCCAUCUUACCCACCCCAAGUGUCCGUCUUUCCCAACCAUGUCAAAAAACAGCAAUUUGUAGUCUUAUUCUUGAAGACCCAAAACACAUAAAACUUGGAGGAAGUUCAAUAAUACCAAAAAUGAUUAUGAAAACAAAUGACCUUAAGUUUCAAUUUGUAUGACUACUGCGAUCUAAAUAGAAAUACCUAAGUAAUUAUUUAGAUUAAACCUUAGGGUGUCCGUCUUUACCUACUUUCCCCUAGUGAUCUUUUUUCUAGUUUAGCUACUAGCAUGGUUGAGUUACUGCACUGAGGCACAGUAAAUAAUCAACGAUCAACGCGAGCGGUUCAUGAUUUAAAGUUUACAUCUCAAAGUGAAAUAGUACAAUGAAGUUCCCUGUGGUAACAUUUUUCGCACUGCUAGCUACCGUAAGUUGCCACCAAAACGGCGCACUGGAGUGUGGCAUUCCGAAAAUCGUGGGCAACGAAAUGAUUCUUAACGGCCAAGAGACGGCACCGGGCGAUUGGCCUUGGCACGCGGCGAUUUAUCAUCGUAAAGGACGUUCAGUUGAUUACGUGUGCGGUGGAACCGUUAUCAGUGAACAGUUUCUGCUGACGGCAGCUCACUGCCUUAUGAAUGUGGCUAAUAGCUACCAGCUUGCACCGAAUCGUGUGUUUGUUCGUGUGGGAAUUCACAGCUUGGAUGUCGUUAAUCCUACGUUUGUUCAACAACAUGAAGUCGCGAAAAUUCAUAAGUUUGUUAACUUCACGCGGCUAGUCAAUGAUAUUGCACUGAUCGAACUCAGUACUCUUAUCCAUUUCACUAAAUACGUUCUACCGGCUUGUGUGAAUUUGGAGCCGAAUUUAAACGGAGAGUCGGGUACCGUAAUUGGGUGGGGGCUAACAGAAGAUGAUGAAACAUCACCAACGUUGAGAAAAGUUGACAUCCCUGUGAUCGACGCAGUAACGUGCUUGAAAACUGAUCGCGCUUUGUUUGGUCAAACCCUGGACGAUGGUAUAUUCUGCGCAGGGUAUACUAAUGGCACGGGGGUUUGCAACGGUGACAGUGGCGGAGGGUUGUUUUUCAGAAGAGCCAACACGUGGUUCUUGGGAGGAAUUGUAUCGUUUUCACAGACCCGACCUGAUGACACUAGUAAAUGUUAUACGAAGGGUUAUGGAGCGUUUUCGAAAGUUCACCAUUAUUUAACCUGGAUCGGUGAGAUCACUGGAAUGAGUUUUCGGCGCGCUAACGAAGUAAAAAUCUGCAAAGCCGUUGAACCUGAUAGUACGAAAGAAUAUCCCAAUCUACUUCCACGACAUUGCGGUGUUUACAUCCCAAAUCGUAUCACAGGGGGAGUGAAAACUAAGGUGUUUGAGUUCCCCUGGAUGGCGAUACCACUGGUGAAUAACGAGGUGCGCAUGUGUCCGGGAACAUUAAUCAACAAGCGUUACGUUCUUACAGUAGCUCAUUGCUUCGGGAAUCCUUUACCUGACAAAGUACGGUUAGGAGAGCACACACUCGACCAGGAUAUAGAUUGCAACUUGGAGAAUAGAGACUGUGCUCCACCAGUUCGGGAUUACAACAUUGAGUGCAUUACUACACAUCCAGGAUACUCGCGUCAGACACCGUUGGAUGACAUAGCCCUCAUACGUUUGAGCGAAGACGUGAAAUGUGAAGAUCACAUUCAACCAAUUUGCUUACCGCACUCAGCAGAUCUCAAACAUUACCGACCGCCUCGGUACAUCGUCACGGGAUGGGGUAAAACGGAAACGGAGGGAGAGUUUCCGAAGACUCUACUAAAAGCAACUGUUUCGCUGACCAACAAUUCCGAAUGUGAAAAGUUAUUUACGAAGAGACGAUCUCCCCUAUUUCUUAACGAAAAACAAUUGUGCGCAGGGGAGAACAACGUCGGACCUUGUGCUGGUGACAGCGGUGCACCGUUGGCGUAUGGUGCGAACCUCAAUGGAGUACGAUUUGUACAGUUCGGUUUGGUGUCACUAGGAGGGCCAUGCGGGUUCUUCCCAACUGUUUACACUAAUGUGGCUCAAUAUAUGGAUUGGAUAAUCGCUAACAUGAAGCCUUGACUGUUGGAAAA